UACGAAUUGAAUCAUGUUGAUCCCGCUAUGAGAUGAAGAAGUAGUGCAUUGUGGAGGUAAAAAAUGUGUGUUUUGCUUUUGCGCUAGUACAUCUUUCUUCCGCUAGUACACACAAACAAGUUCGGUUGAUAUCGAAACUCUCGUUGUCUGUGCAGUUCCACUAGCUUCUUCUACUGUUGCACGACGUUGAUUAUAUCCCGCCACAGGGCGAGAGCAACAAACCAAAAAUUUCGUCUACAUCGCACUAUCGGAUUCCUACAUACGAAUGGAGAAGUCCGGGAGCAGCAGGCGGCCGGUUUCCGCCAGCCACCGUGGCGGCGGUACUACAGAUGCUGACCACGACACGACCACGGAAGAUCUCAACACUGCGAGCCUAAAUGUUGCUGAUGUACGUGGUUUGUCUGUGUCCGAAGAAGAGCUUCUUCACGGAAAACUGUCAGUCAAUUUUCGUUCUGUCGAACCAGCUGGUGAAUGCGCUCAGGAAGAAUCGGGUGAGGAGGGAGAUGACAGCAAGUCUUCCAGUAGUUCUGAAGAGUCAGAUCGAGAAUCAGGAUGGGACCGACAUCAGAGUCUAGGCGCUACUAGGGCUCGGUCCGUCCUCAGAAGAGGACAACUGCCGCCGCCCAAAUCUUCUACCAACGUCAGGGAUGGCAAAGCUGGCGAAGGCACUCUGUCGGAAGACAGCGACGCCAUUGACGACGAAGAUGGCGCCUUUGAAGAUGACGAAGGUGAGGCUGUUGAAGAAAAUGACGGAGAGGAGCACGAAAAUAAAGACGGUGAAAUGAAAGGUGAUAUCGGGACGAAUUACCUCCGGGAUUGCAUCUUCCCGACUCACAUAGCGAACGGCCGUGCGAAGACUGCCUGGGCGCGGCGCAUCGCGGAGCUAAACCUGAGGGACAAAGACCUCGUUUACAACGACGGCGGCCCGAGCAUCAACUUGUUGAGCCAGCAGGAUGGUCUCGAAAAACAAGGGUCAGAUGGCUGCAGUGGCAAACGGGCUGAGCAGCAAGAACCCCAAGCUAAGGUGAGAAGAGUGUUGAACAAUAAACCGCCGGAAGACUUCUUUGCGACAAUACUGAACAACCCUGGUCGUGUGGCCGUCAAUAAACGCAAAAGCCUCAGUACACAUGAUAACGCGACGAGCAAAAAUUUUAUUUCUUCUGCUUCUUGCAGCAGUAAAGCCAGCACGAGUACGUCAGCAACCUCGACGAGGACCACGGGAAUUUGAUUUGAUGAAAAAUCUCAACAGUUAUUAAAUUACACAGCUUUAUCCGGUUUUUUGCGAGCUGGCUUUUGGCUGAAAUAGGUCCAAUGUCGACCAUAGCACCGGGCCCCAGGAAUGCUAAUCAGAUGGCUUUGCUGAGUAGCUUCGGAAUUUUUUCUGCCCAAUGUCGAGCCUAGCAGCGGGCGCCGGGAAUGCUAAUCAGACAGCUUGGUCCUCUUUUUUGCGCGCUGGCUUUGGGCUGAAAUAGGUCCAAUGUCGACCAUAGCACCGGGCCCCAGGAAUGCUAAUCAGAUGGCUUUGCUGAGUAGCUUCGGAAUUUUUUCUGCCCAAUGUCGAGCCUAGCAGCGGGCGCCGGGAAUGCUAAUCAGACAGCUUGGUCCUCUUUUUUGCGCGCUGGCUUUGGGCUGAAAUAGGUCCAAUGUCGACCAUAGCACCGGGCCCCAGGAAUGCUAAUCAGAUGGCUUUGCUGAGUAGCUUCGGAAUUUUUUCUGCCCAAUGUCGAGCCUAGCAGCGGGCGCCGGGAAUGCUAAUCAGACAGCUUGGUCCUCUUUUUUGCGCGCUGGCUUUGGGCUGAAAUAGGUCCAAUGUCGACCAUAGCACCGGGCCCCAGGAAUGCUAAUCAGAUGGCUUUGCUGAGUAGCUUCGGAAUUUUUUCUGCCCAAUGUCGAGCCUAGCAGCGGGCGCCGGGAAUGCUAAUCAGACAGCUUGGUCCUCUUUUUUGCGCGCUGGCUUUGGGCUGAAAUAGGUCCAAUGUCGACCAUAGCACCGGGCCCCAGGAAUGCUAAUCAGAUGGCUUUGCUGAGUAGCUUCGGAAUUUUUUCUGCCCAAUGUCGAGCCUAGCAGCGGGCGCCGGGAAUGCUAAUCAGACAGCUUGGUCCUCUUUUUUGCGCGCUGGCUUUGGGCUGAAAUAGGUCCAAUGUCGACCAUAGCACCGGGCCCCAGGAAUGCUAAUCAGAUGGCUUUGCUGAGUAGCUUCGGAAUUUUUUCUGCCCAAUGUCGAGCCUAGCAGCGGGCGCCGGGAAUGCUAAUCAGACAGCUUGGUCCUCUUUUUUGCGCGCUGGCUUUGGACUGAAAUAGGUCCAAUGUCGACCAUAGCACCGGGCCCCAGGAAUGCUUCUAAUCAGAUGGCUUUGCUGAGUAGCUUCGGAAUUUUUUCUGCCCAAUGUCGAUCCUAGCAGCGGGCGCCGGGAAUGCUAAUGAGACAGCUUGGUCCUCUUUUUUGCGCGCUGGCUUUGGACUGAAAUAGGUCCAAUGUCGACCAUAGCACCGGGCCCCAGGAAUGCUUCUAAUCAGAUGGCUUUGCUGAGUAGCUUCGGAAUUUUUUCUGCCCAAUGUCGAUCCUAGCAGCGGGCGCCGGGAAUGCUAAUGAGACAGCUUGGUCCUCUUUUUUGCGCGCUGGCUUUGGACUGAAAUAGAUCCAAUGUCGACCAUAGCACCGGGCCCCAGGAAUGCUAAUAGUUUCGACGUGUCCCCUUAAGCCUUAAUUCAGUAUUGAUUCUUGACAUUGUCCUUGGUGUUAUCUCGUUAAAGCCACGACCGCGGGCCGAACGGGGCCCUAAAGUUGACCCACCUGUUGCAGCGACAGCAAGCGGCCCUGUCUCCGUUCCAAUAUCUUUCAUUGCAGAGUACCUAACUCACGUAGGGUAAAUUUUUCCGAUGCGC